UUCAUGUUGACGAGCAUCGUCACAUUACUUGCUCCUUCUUCACAACGAAGUGAGAGAGAGAGAGAGAGAGACGAUACCACAUUUCCGAUGGAUCAACUUUUCUCGGCGAAGCCUAAACCCUUCCGUAUCCACAGAAAAUCACCUAUCGCUUCCAAGAUCAAAUCCUCCAUCUCCGUCAAGCUCUCUGAAUUUCUCGGUGGUUACACUGACGACGUCUUCCUGGAGUAUAUUACAGUGCUGAUUUGUAAUGGAAAGGAUCAAUAUCAGGCAAGAGAUGACUUAGAGGCAUUUCUUGGUGAGAGGAGUGAAGAAUUUGUAUCAUGGUUAUGGGACCUUCUCUUCAAACUUGCUGGAAAGUUUUGUAAGGAUACUGACUAUCUCGAUGAAGUUCCUGGCAUUAGUCCCCCAAACAGUGAUAGCAGCAUUGGUGCAAAAGUUGACAGGUGUACAGACUUCCGGAGCCAUGUUAACGAACUUUUGCAGAUGAGGGGUGAUAAAAUGCGACAUUCUGCUUGUGAUCCUGCUUCCUGUAACGAUAUGAGGCUUGCUAAAGGUUCUCAACAUUACCCCUCUGUCUCUGUCCCUUCAACUGAGGUGAAUACAGCGUUGUCACAUGGAUGUAGAAAUGAAAUUCUGAGAAGAUAUAUGGCAAGUGGAGAUAUUGAUGGUGAGGGAGAUCGAAGAACUCAGUCUAAAAAUCAGAUUACCCAGAUUGUCAGUCAUAAAUGCAGUGGAUUGCCUAGAGAGCGGUUACAUUUACCAGAAAGAGAGGCCAUGUCUAAGAAUACAGAAUUGUCCGUAUCAGGACGCCAAUUUUCUGCACGGAUUUGUGCCAGCAACAAGAUAGGAACUAGUGUGUCACAAAGAUCUAUAGGUGCAGGAUCCAUUCGUAGUAAAAAAUCUCGGGGUAGUGUUUGGGAUAGAUUGGGCAAGCCAUGUGAAGACAUAUCUGGGGGACUCAAGAGUGUUGAUUUUUACGGUGCCGGGCAUAACAAGCAAUGUGACAAAGUUAAUCAGCUUGCAUUAGUACCUCCGAAGAGGAAUUCUGAAGUUCCUGCUUUUGAUAAGAAGAGGUUGUACAGUAAUCCUGUUGAGAUGGAGAAACUGGAUCAUGUUGAUAAUGCAGUGAGUGAACCUCAUUUUGCAAAUAAUAUUGGCCGGAAGAGGCUCUUUGGUGAAAUCAGUCCUGAAUGCGAAGAUACCUCACAGCAUUUUAAGAAAUCAGAUGUGGCCACAAAUGAUUUGAAGACCAUACAGGAAUUGCUUCAUUUGAAAGAAAAAUUGAAUCAAGUUGAAAUCGAAAUGUCAAAGCUUCGGUCAAAGCAGGUGGAGUUUGAAAAAAAUGAUGGGAAAACGAAUCACUUGCUGAAUUCUGGGGCACCGAAAGAUUCAGAGGAAACUUUUGAGUCAAGAACUGUGUUGGUGACAAAUGUACAUUUUGCAGCAACUAGAGAAGCUUUGUCCCUGUACUUUGCCAAGUGUGGAAUGAUUGUUAACGUAAUGAUCUUGACAGACACAGUGACUUCAAAGCCAAAAGGGUCUGCUUAUGUUACUUUCGCUAGCAAGGAGUCUGUUGACAAAGCAGUGGCAUUGAGUGGGGCGACAUUCUUUUGUAGGACCUUGAAGGUUCUAAGGAUGGCAGGAGCAGCUGUGGAGGCAUCAGCACCAACGCAGCUUCCCGAGAUGACUUCCCUCAAUAUUCCACAUGGCAAUAGAAUUGCUUUCCCCAGCAAACCACAUUAUAUGAGGUCUACUCUGCAGUGGAGAAGAGAGCCUGGUGUUGUCCCAUCAGAGCUUCCAUGCCCAGCUGGUGUUGGAGUUUCCUCUUCUGCCCACGAGCAACAUAUUUCUAUUUCCAACAAAGACCGGAAGACAUCAUCAUUAGAGCCCCCAUGAAGCAACUACGAGCACAUAAUUUUCUGAGAUAGCAUAUGGAUGAUUAAAGUAGAUCCUGACUAUACUAGAACACAUACAAUAUGUAUGCAAGUUAGAAGGAUAUUAGCUUGAUCUAGACAUGUGCUGCAAAACAUUUAAAGGCUGUUUGAUGCUUUUGUUUGCUUGGGUGGAAUCACUCUGCAAAUCUUAGCAUGACUUCUCUUGUACAAGCUCAAAAUACCUAUAUUGGCUAUGUUGCAAUUUGCAAGGCUUAUGUCCAUGAAAAUAUUGCAGCAGUACACUACUGAGUACGUUCCACACUA